CUCGUGCGGUCACCCUGCGUGCGUUUGGAUCAGCUGUUUGCUUUUAACGUUUUGUUGGGACUAAAGCCAAAAGAAAGCCCUGAAGACCAGGAGAGGAAAUACUUCACACUUUGGGAUUUUAUUGAAUUUGACAGCUUGAAGCAGACAACAUCACGAAAAUCAAAAGACGAAACAAGAAAGGAAACAGUUCUUCACUCAGUACAAGUUUUUUGUCUUGCUGAAAAACGUCUCCAGCUGUGGAUCGAAGCACUGGUUCAGAAAUUACAGAAGAAAUGUGAAGACACAUUUUCGUCUUUGACGCACUGAGACAAACCUCUGCUCCCCGUUCUCACAGGUCAGAUGUGUGUGUGGAUGUAAAACGCUGCUGUUAGCUGACAGUUACAGGUUUGGUUACACCUCUCCCAGCUGAAACUCGACCCUCCGUCCUCUGCCCGCAAACCGGGGCGCCCGGAGCUGGAGGUGCCGUGGGGGACGCCAUGGGACGGUCCAAAUACUGAUGUGAUGGGCUGUUGAUGGAGAGGAUUUCGGAUGUCAGCCGGGACAGUGGUCAUCGCAGGAGGAAUUCUGGCUACAGUCAUCUUACUGACCAUCGUUGCUGUACUGUGUUUAUGUAGGUUGCAGUAUUACUGCUGUAAGAGGGAGGAGUCUGAGAAGGGGGAAGAGGAGGAACCAGAGCUCGCCACUAUGUCGCCUUCCCGCCCUCUGGCUCUGUCCGCUCCCCCUACGCCUCCAACGCCGGAGCACUACGGCGACGAACCGGAGAACUACCCCCCCACCUUCCUUACUGAGGCCAACGGGCCUGCCAGCUACUCCCCCACACCGCCGCCGCGCAGGUGCCAGCGCUCACACGCCUUCUGCCCGUCCUGCGCCCGCUGCUCACUGCCCUUCUACCUGCAGCACCCGGAGAGGCUGUGCAACGGCGGGCGCAGGAUCAGCUACAGGACUGUGCAGCAGCAGGACCUGGAGCUGCCCAUGGACCUGGCCAGCUUCUAUCAGAAGCUCAACCUCAUUCGCUCCGUCACCAUGAGGGAGGUGGUCACCCACAGCGUCAGCACCGACGUCUAGGAGCUGGCAGGAGGAAGGCAUCGCCGUCCUGUUGGCCUGGGGAAAGGUUGCUUUAUACAAACUGCACUGACUCGUCUGCAAACACACUAAAUUAACAUGUUAUAUAAACGCUCUGCUGUGGGAGCAGCGUUAGCACUGUGCUGUACUGGUGUACUACAGCACUGAGGGCUUUUGGGUGAUGUGACAUCUCCUGGCAGCCACUUUGGAGGUCCACAGCUCUGGAGCAACUGCCAACAGCUGAAUGCAUUUGUGAACAUAAACAUGUGUUUCUGACAGACUUGAACAGACUCAGUUUUAAGGUGGAGUCAGCGAUUCUGGAGAAAGAUUGUUGACAAUGCGCUUUGACAUUUAGCAUGUCCCAGAGUCACCGUCCCACUGCCUUUCUCUUUAUUCUCAAAGUCAACUUCCAGCCUGCUGUUGCGAUGUGACUAAAGGUUGAGGGAAAGGUCACUUUUGGUACCAUUUGAAGCAAAGCAGAGAACUGCUCAGAGAGGCGGCAAAUUAAGAUUGUUGUCUUUGUGACAUCAACACGCCGACAUAGGGAAGAGCUGCUGGGUGACGGGCUGUAAAACUUACAAGACGAGACAAAUCCAGUUCUGCAGUUUUAUAUAAUACCAGUUGAGGAAUUGUGUAAGAAAAAGUGGCUGGCGGACAUCAUCAGGUAAACACAGACGGGAGUGUCAACCAAAACAGGCCCUGGUGCCCCAGGUCAGAUCACACUUAUGUCUGCUGUACCCAUUUCAUAGCAGGUGAGAACAAUACACGAAUAACAGUGGUGUAACUGAAAUACACCGAGCCCACAUUUGGUCUUGGAUUUUGGCAGUUGUUAUGAGCCCAGGCUCAGCCAGUUUAAAAUACCUAUACUUGUAUUAUAAUUAUUUUUUAAGCUAGCACCAAGACAUGUAAGACAACCUUAGGCAUGAUUCAAGGCCGAUCUGGGUGAGUAUUCUGUCAAGACUUGUUUUAGAAAUCACCAGAAAGGGCUUCAAAAUAAUCGAACGCCAUGUUUGCUCAAUACACUUCAAUCAAAAUGUAACUGAAGGUCAUGAAAUUAACCGAAGUUUAAUCAAGAUUUUGUAGCGCACAGACCAGAUGCAUGCCCUCUUUCCACCAGACAAAGAUGGCGGUCAUCUUGUGGUGUCGUGUUGACUUUGGUAAUACAUCCAAUAAAACAACGUCUGUAAAACUGUUGACAGGACGCCUCCAACUGCAAAUAAGGUCAGUUAUGACUCAGUUACAAAUUUUUGGUCCAUUGAGGUUUUAUAUUUGUAAAACUUUUCACAAGGUGAGAAAAACCAUUUAAAAAUCUGCGACAUCAUCACAAUGUAAAGUCUAUGAGCCGAGUGGGAACCUGCGGGCAGAGCCAGUAGAAGGAACACUGCUACACAUAUUAAGUGGGCUGCAUACUGUGAACGAAAACCCAGCCGCAAGAAAUGUUUCAUGCCAUGGCUGGAGGCAUUAUGUCUUAGGGUUGUCAACAUGUCCAUACAUACAUAUGUAGUGCCAUGUUCAUUAACACAGUAUCUCACACAAGGCACAAACGUCCAGUCGGACUCAAGAAUAAAGUGAAGAAUAAAGAAUUUGGUGGUCAAAGGUCACUGUGACCUCACAAAACAAGUUCUUGGCCAUAACUUAAGAAUUACUUUCUUGUGUGUUAGACAUCUAUGUUUGCAACUUGACGAGGUCGCAGAGACAUACAGCCUCAAGGCGGUAAUUCUGGUUCAGCAAAUGCGCCCCAUGAGCAGUUUUCUUGGAUUGAAUAGGUGCCAUCUUCCGGUCUGGUAUCUAUUAUUAUCAUAAGCCCAUGCCUUUUCUUUUUCCUGUGCAUGAGCACAAACGCUCCCUGUUGGUAACUGGCUGGAACAUUGCUCUUUGUUUGUUUCCCAGUGACAGAGCCAGGGCUGUGUAUGAACAGUUUAUUUUGUUCAGCACACUCACAGGACCAAAUCGCUGACUGCACCUUUAAGUGGAUCUUUUUGUGAUCAAUGUCUGAUUUUGUUGUUUAGAAAAUUAGCUUGUUUGCUAAUUAGCUAGUUCAGUAGCUAACCGAUGUAUGUGUAUCAAAGUAUAAACAAGACAAGUUACAAUUUGUUAGUAAAUAUAACACUGAUUUUGUUUGUUUGAUUGCAGCACACAAGAGACAGAGGUGGGGGUAAAAAUCCUGAAUAAUUCCAGUGCAAACAGGACAUUUCCCUAAAUGAGGCUAAUGGUUGGUUAGCAAGCUAGCUCAAGGUUUGUUCAGGCUAAGUCUUGUCUUAUUGUCAACAAUUCCCAUGUGCGGACCAAAACCAGCACUAAAUGGAAAACAUCUUUAUAAAGGCUCAGACACAACAAAACAACAGCAGCGACAAAGGCGGACUGUUGCGUUGCCUCACGUUUUCUGUGUCUUGGCCUUGUACUCGAACACAUCGCAAAGACCACAGUUAGCCAACUAGCAUGUAAGUUGUGCACCUGUGUGAGAGGAAAUACCUUUCCAUACCAGCAGGUGGCAGUAGUCUGUCUUCAUCAUUCAAAAUGGCAAAUAGGAAGACCAACAGGACAGAUUCAAGAUGCUAGCAAACACGUUAACACAACCUGGUGCUGAAAGAACAAAGGUUAAUACCGUGCAAACAGUAACACAAUUAUGAACUGUUUCUGCUGAAGAACUCCGUGGCAAAAAAACCCCCUAAUAUAACAAGUUUGAUUCAAUCUCAUGCCCUCUUGACUUUUGCCAUUUGUUUACUUUCCUCACCUUCAUUUCUCUUCUUGCGCGUUGAGCUAAGCUGCCAAUCAAAGUGAUUUUGUUCGAUGGGCUACGCCAGCUCUGCUUCUGAUUCAACAUGCUAAACUGGCUAAUAAAAAGCAGACAAGGACCGACUGUGCUGGACACAGCAAAAACUAAGGCGACAGACAUUUACGGGCAGCCUGAAACUGACCUAUGGUUGACCGUUGGCUUGGUGUGUCAGGUCCCUAAAAAGUAUUGUAGUGUUUGUGUAUUGAAGCAGAAUGUAUCUUCUGCCUGUGUGCCACAGAGCUCCACUGUUGCUCAGACACUACUACUUUAAUCCCACAUACACUGUCCUGCUGCCACAAAUACUCACUAGAGCCUCAAAUAUGGAUUAAUCCACCGCUGAAAUUAGUCCCAACAAAUGCACUACUUCCUGUUUGAUAAAAACUACAGUGAGCAGCUGUUAUAGGAAAUAACUGAGUCUUUUUUAGUAAGUAAUUUUAGAGAACACGAACACACUGCUGGUUUUGGUCUUUUCAUGGGAUUUAUCAGGAAAAAAAAUAGAAUAAGGCCCUGUCUACAUGUACGCAAAUAUUUUAAAAACUGAUAUUUCCCCGUGUCGUUAAAAAAAAAAAAAUCGUCCAUACUGCCUACAAAUAUCUCGGUACACUCUGGAACAGAAAAACGGUGCCAAACAUUCGCUAGUGUUAGCUGUCUUCCACAGUAGUAAAAUGUAAAGGCUAACGAUACCUAUUUUAAAACUCCUACUGGAGACCUCAUCGCUGUCACUGAUAGUUCACCAUUGCUGUUGUUGUUUCUGCCGCAUGCAUUAAACAAAGCAACAACGGACAUGUGCGAAUUGAGAUGACGUCACUGUUUCCCAAACGCUCCGUUUCACAUGUCCACAUGUUUGGAAAAAUCUGCACCAUAGAGGGUGUUUAAAAAAUCUCUAAACCUGUUUUUGGAUAAGAGGCAAAGCUGUACAGAAAAAUAUGUGUUUUCAAAAGUAUCUGUGUCUAUGUAGACACGGCCGAGAAUAUAUAUCUUUUAGACUCCAACUCAAGAGAGUUGUGGAGAAGAGAUAAAGCUAAGGAAAAGGUUGUUUCUUAAGUCAUUUGGAGACUGAGUUAUAAAACUGUUCACACUGACUCUCCAACAGACCAGCAGGUGACUGCGCUGCUCCAGCACUGAACAUAGAGUCUGUGGAUUUUACCGUGUGCUCAGAGUCCCAGUGGAAAAUUAUACAAGUGGAUGUUCACACAGACAAAAUGUUUUUUGUGUUUGUUGGUGUAGCAGCAUCUGUACAGUGUUACAUUUCACCUCUUUCUUUCUUUCACAGCUAAAUUCCUUCACUAACACCUGAUAGGAGCCAAAUAUUAUCUUUAAAUAUGUCUUUUUAUAUGUAGUCCAGUGCGUGUGCAGGCAGGCUGACGCUCCUGCUCACCACAGUGAAGCUGCACAGGUGAUCUCACUCAUUCUGCCUGAUUACAGACUGAGUCCAGGUCUGAUCAGCCAAACUGAAACACCUGUGCAGCUGUGAGCUGAU